AUGAUAGCCGCCCCGAUUUUUGGAUUUUUUGGCGAUCGCUACAAUCGGAAGUUUUUGAUGAUGAUUGGAAUGAUUAUUUGGAUUAUGGCUGUGAUUGCUUCAUCGUUUUGCAAACCUGGGGUGAGAAAACGCGGGAUUUUGGGUGGAAAUUGCUGAAAAAUUGUGUUUUUAGUUGGAAAAAUGUUGAAAAAUAGCUCAUUUUCUACCAAAAAUGCUCGAAAAUUGUCAAUUUGACCACUAAUUUCUCUUCCAAAUACUGAUUAUUCAGCUGAAAAUACUAGUUUUCAGCCUAAAAAUGCUCAAAAACUCUGAAAUUUCCACUAAAAAAAAAAUAAAAAUCAUCCAAUUUUCCAGCAUUACUUGUUAUUUUUGACAUGCCGUGCAGUUGUUGGAAUUGGAGAAGCUUCGUAUUCUACCAUUGCUCCCACUAUAAUUUCGGAUUUAUUUCAAGGAAAAACACGGAGCCGCAUAUUUAUGAUGUUUUAUUUUGCAGUUCCAGUUGGAUCUGGACUCGGUUUCAUUUGUGGAUCUGAAAUUGCACUUUUGACAAAUUCGUGGCAAUGGGGUGUCAGAUUCUCGCCAUUUAUUGGUGCAAUUUGCCUUUUGUUGAUGUUCUUCCUGCUUGAUGAACCGGUUAGAGGAGCUUGUGAUGGAGCAACACAGGAAAGUGGAGCAGAUGAUGAGGAUCGGGGUUUUUGGAGCGAUUGCAAGUAUUUGUUUGGAAUGUUAGUUGGGUUUUGGGGAUUUGAAGAUUUUUCGGGGUAAAAGUGCAAAUUAUCGAAAUUGUCGGGUUUUCUGUGCAAAAAACAUCAAUUUUGGUCAUUUUUGACUGAAAAGCAUGAUUUCUAGCCAAUUUUGGGUAAAAACAUGAUUUUGUCCAAUUUUAAAUAAAGACACGAUUUCUGGCCAUUUUUUUUGAGUAAAAAAGAUGAUUUUUGGUCAUUUUUUGAGAGUUCCAAUAGAAUUUUCAUGAGAUUUCUCUAGAUUUUUGAAAAUUUCGAUAUUUUUGGAGGUCAUCCCCAUUAGCCUGAUUUUUAUUUCAAUUUUUAAAAAAAAUCCACAUCUUUUUUUUCCAGAAAAACGUACGUUUUCAUGGUUCUCGGCACCACCACGUCGUUCUUCUCGGUCGGAUGUUUCAGUUGGUGGACACCUGGAUUUCUUGGAUACGCAUCGGCCACUAUUCAAAAUGUACCAGUUGUUACAGACUCGGAAUUGUCGUAGUGAGUUUUUUGUUGGGAAAUUUGGAUUUUUCACCAAAUUUGGGUGAUUUUGAUACUAAACAUGAUCUUUUUUUGUUGGAAAAAUUUGAAUAAUGCCACGUGGAAAUACCCCUGGAUUGUGGGAUGACUCGAAUUUCACAGGCAAUCCGAAAAUCCACGUGGCAGACUCUGAUGUCACUGAAAAAUUCAGAUUCAAGGUUUCCAAAUUUUCGAGAGAUCUAGAAAAUUUGAGCCUUUCUAAUGAUUAUUUUUGAGUUUUCCAGUGAAUUUCUGAAUUUUUGACACCCAUUUUGAUAUGGUUUUGAAGAUUUUUGAAAAAAAAAACUUUUUUCCAUCAAAAUUACAGUAUCCUUGGCUUGUUUGGUCUCAAAAUGACUAGAAUUCACUCAUUUUUUCCAGCAUUAACACGAUGUUUGGAAUUGUGACAUGUAUUGCUGGCCUUUUAGGCGUUGCAGUCGGAACUUUCGUGGCUCGAGCCUGGACCGAAGGAAAAGGAUGUUUCUCAUAUUGUCAAUCAGCCCGAGCCGAUGUCUAUAUUUGUGCACUUUCCAUGUUCAUUGCCCUACCAUUUUUGUUCUUUGGAAUUGUUGUUUCGGAAUAUUCAAUCAAUUGGUCACUUUUAUUGCUCUAUUUUGCAAUUAUGUCAAUGUGUAUGAAUUGGGCGGUUUGUGUUGAUGUUAUUAUGGUUAGUUUUGGGGAAUUCUGGGUGGUUUUUCGAAUUUUUCAGUGAAUUUCGGGAUUUUUGACAUCCAUAUUUAUAUUGUUCUGAAAAUUUUGAUAUUUUCACUAUAGGGACCCUUGAAAGGGGGGAUCCCUUUUUUUCUAAAAUUAGAGUCACUUGGCUUAUUUGGUAUCAAAAUUAUCGGAAAAUCACCAAGAAGCUUGAAAACUGUGUGAAAAAGUGGCUGCUGUGUGGAUUUUGAGGUGAUUUGAAGCAUUUUGACCUCAUAAUUUCAUAGCAGAAGUUCUAGAUGUUUUCAGCAGAUCUAGUACAGUUCUUCGAAUUUAUCAGAAAAUUUCCAAAUUUUUGAGACCCAUAUUUAUAUAGUUCUGAAAAUUUUGAUUUUUUGACUAUAGGGACCAUUGAAAAGGGGGGGGUCACCUUUUUUCUAAAUUUACUAUAACUUGGCUUAUUUGGUAUCAAAAUUAUCGGAAAAUCACCGGGAAGCUGAAAAACUGUGUGAAAAUCCAUGAAAUUUUCACAUUUCAUCAAAUUCAUCCCAAUUUUUCCCCAUUUUUCCAGUACUGUGUUGUUCCAAGUCGUCGUUCGACCGCAAUGGCUGUCGAUACAAUGAUUGCUCAUUUAUUCGGAGAUGCCUCAAGUCCAUAUCUGGUUGGCCUAAUUGCUGACGCUCUCUGCGAAUCCAACACGGCCUACGGUCACUAUUUUGCCCUCCAAAAAGCCCUUUAUGUCCCGUGUUUUGUGCUCAUUUUGGCCGGAACUUGUUAUGGAUUGGGAGCAUUCACGGUCGAAAAUGACAAGAGGGAGUGCGAAUUUGCGAUGGGAGGUGAGGGAAAUUUAUGAAAACUGUUGGAAUUUUUGAGUUCCUCGUGAAAUUUGGAGAAUUUUGACACCCCACAAGCCUGGGUUACUCUCAAUUUUGAAAAAUUCAGUUUGCCACGUGGCAAAGAGACCUUAUUUUCAAAACUUACAGUACCCCGGUCAUGUUGGGUGUCUAAAAUCUCCAAAUUCCAUAGGAAACUUGAAAAUCGCUAUUAGAACUUCUGAAAACUUCUGAAAAUUCCACUUUGAAAAUUGUCGAACCUUGAAAAUUUCUCGGAACCCGCGAAAAUCUGAAUAUUUGAGGGUUGUCACGUGGAUUUUCGAAUUCCUCGUGGGAUUUGAGAAUUUUAGACACCCCACAAGCCUAGGUUACUGUAGAUUUUGAAAAUUCAGUUUGCCACGUGGCAAAUAGACCUUAUUUUCAAAAAUUACAGUAACCCUAUCAAUAUGGGUGUCUAAAAUCUCCAAAUUUCAUGGGAAACUUGAAAAUCCAUAUUAGAACCUUUGAAAACUUCUGAAAAUUCCACUUUGAAACUUGUUGGACCUUGAAAAUUCUCAGAAUCCCUGUUUUUUUUUCCAGCCAAUCCAGCUCAGCCUGCAAAUUCACCCGAAGAUAGGAAUAACCUUGUUGUUCCACAAAAUGAAGUUGUUGAUGAUGAUGAAGACGAGGGUUUCAGCCAAACAUGACGGUUUUCAGAGGGACCACAACUAGCUAAUCAUCAUAAUUUACAACAACUAGAAGAAGAAGAAGAUUUAAUUGUGAGGAACUUUUCAUAUUGAAAGUUCUAGGGAUUUUCAAGAUCUCAAAGGGUUUUCAUUCGAUUUUUUUUUAGAAAAUUUGGGGAUUUUUGAGAUCCAUUUGGAAAAAAUUUACCUUUCUAGUCUUUUUUUUAUCUCAAAAUGCUCCAAAUUUCACCCAUAAACUUGAAAAUCCACGUGGCAAUGCUCCAUUUUUUUGCAGAAUUUCGAAGAAACGGGUGAUGACGUAGAAGUCAUUGAAAAUUGUGUCGAAAAUUGUCAAAAUCUCGAUUUCCUGCCACCAGUCAUUCCGUGGCAAUGGAAUGAUGAACAAGUUCGGCCUGUAGGUUUUUUUCGGGCUGAAAAUGGGCUUUAGGGCCUGAAAAUAGGGCUAGAAGGCCUGAUAGUUUUCUACGUAUUUUCGGGCUUAAAAAUAGGUCUACAGAGCCUGAAAUUGGCCCAAAACAGCCCUAAACCUUCAUUUUUUCUCCAGAAAUCUGGUCAAUUUGUCGAAGAGGAGCAGUUUGAUAUGCGAAAUUUGAAAGAUGCCGAUGAAUCGUCUUCAGAAGAUGAGAAUGUGGGCGGAACUUCGAGCAAUUCUUGA